AGAGGGGAGCAGGAGAUCAUCGUCGAGCUAUGUUUUAUUUCUCUGUAAAGAAGUAUAGAUACACAGCAGCUGCUUGGUACUGUGAUGCUUUAGCACAGAGAGCGUGCCUCCAGACUGAGAGUCGUCCGGUCUGCCCAUCCAAGAUGACAUGGCAAGUAAUACUUGCAUGACGGCCUUUAUUUCACUCCUUCUAUCAGAGUCUAUUCACAUCAGCAUUCUCUGUGUUGUGUGGCUCUAGAAAUGGCCCCAGAGGAGAGGGAUACAUUGUGCAGACGAGUCCACGGCCUUGAAACCAUCCACGACUCUUCUGACCGGUGACAAACCAAAGGAAUUAAGAGAUGAGACCACAAUAAAAUCUCCAUGAGCAAACAGCCAGAGGGAAUUGAAAGACUGGAGCGAUUGCGGGAGCCAAUGUAAAGAAAUGGGUGACAAGACAGAGGACACACAACCAGACAUAUUUAUAGACGCACGGUCCAAGAGCAUGGUGCUAGGAGAGUUGUCUCGGGUCUCCAGGCCCUGCUCUCCUCUGGAUCAGGAGAAGGCACUGAAGGCCGGCUGGCUGAAGAGACAGAGGAGUAUUAUGAAAAACUGGCAACUGCGUUGGUUUGUCUUGAAGACCGAAGCUCUGUAUUUCUACAAGGACCAGGAUGAAACCAAGGCACAGGGUUGCAUUCCUCUUCAAGGCAGUCAGGUCAAUGAGCUGCUUGCCAAUCCGGAUGAGCCUGGGCGUCACCCUUUUGAAAUUAUUCCAGGAGUGGCUGGAGAAAAGGAUCGAUCGGGCAUCAGCCACGAAUCAUUCCUGCUGAUGGCCAACUCUCAGAGUGACAUGGAGGAAUGGGUCAGAGCCAUUCGUAGAGUCAUAUGGGCUCCUCUUGGAGGAGGUGUCUUUGGGCAGCACCUCGAGGAGACGAUGUUGUACGAGGCCCAGUGUGGCCCUCAGCGAUUGGUCCCUGUGCUGGUCGAACAGUGUGUGUGUUUCAUACGUGAACAUGGGCUCCAGGAGGAGGGCCUUUUCAGGGCCCCUGGACAGACCAAUCAUGUUCGAGAGCUGCAAGAUGCCUUUGACCGUGGCGAGAAGCCAGUGUUUGACAGUUCCACGGAUGUCCACACAGUGGCAUCACUGCUAAAACUGUACAUACGGGAGCUGCCAGAGCCUAUAAUCCCAUUCUCCAAAUACACACAGUUUCUGUCUUGUGCUCAGCUUCUUACCAAGGACAAAGUAAUGGGUAAAGUGGAGCUAGGCAAACAGGUGAAAUCCCUGCCCCAGGUCAACUACAACCUCCUCACAUACAUCUGCAAGUUUCUGGAUGAGGUUCAGUCUCACUCCAAUGAGAAUAAAAUGAGUGUUCAAAAUCUUGCCACUGUGUUUGGACCCAAUAUCCUUCGGCCCAGAGUAGAGGAUCCAGUUACCAUGAUGGAAGGAAGUUCACAGGUGCAGCACCUCAUGACUGUGCUUAUCAGUGAACACACCAGACUUUACCAACGGGAGGAGACAGAAACUGAGGCCAAGAUUCCCCCACAGCAACAGCAGAGUCCUAUCCAACGGUGCAAAGUGGAAUGGCUCUCCCAAGAACACACUGACCCCCAGCCCUCUAAAGCCUCAAAAGAGGAACCACAACCUUCAACCCCUUCUAAAGACAGUAAACCAACCUCACUAAGCCCCAUUACCAUGUCGGAGAAGUGCCAGGAUAGUCAGAUUGAAGGAAAGGGCAAAGGUAAGACAGAAGAGAAAGUGGAUGGACAAGCAGAUAGCAAAGCUGAAGCCAGAGGUGGAAGUGAGGUAGCCGUUAGCCCCAGUAAACAGGCCAAAGCCUUGCCCUCCUGGAGGAGCUCUUUAAAAGGAGGUGCAGCAUCUGGGGUCCAGAGGGGGAAAAUCGGGGGGUCUGCAGGGGAUGUGUCAGCAGCUGGUGGGAGCAACUGGCUGAUGAAUGGCCUGUCAUCCCUCCGAGCUCAUAGGCGCACAACCUCAUCUGGUGAAAGACUGAAAGAUUCAACCCUGUCCCUUAAAGAGACCACUCUUCCACUUAAGGAUACACAGAGAGACUCUGAUGAAGACUCCUCUCAAACAGCCCUGUCUCACAGAGCCCUCCUCCAGUCCCACAGACUGUCUGCCUAUGACAACGUUGCCCCCUCCAGUCUGAGCCUGCCUGCUGACACAUCCUCCAUCUGGACGUCCUUUGAGAUCUCGUUGGCCGAGCCGAAGGGAAGCGUUAAGGCAGUUAAAUCACACCAGGGUCGAGAGAGACCCACCGAGGCGAGGGACAGUACAAGUCCUCUGGAUAACAGUGCAAGUGGUACUGAGAAUGAUCUCACAGGAACAAAUGAAGGUCUCACCAACAUGCUGACCGAGCUCAAGCAGGAGCUGAAGAAACAGAGGACAAGCUACGAAACCUGCAUUCGCAAGUUGGAGGAAUCCUGUUCUGAGUACCAGUCUCAGGUAAACCGCCUCGAGGAGGAGCUGGACCAGGAGAAAAAGAAGUUUCAGAUGCUGGAGAUCCGACUUAGGAACUCGGAGAGGGCACAUCAAGACGCCGAGAACCGAAACAUUCUCCUCCAGGAAGAAAUGGAGGAGUUUUUCAAAACCCUGGGAGAUCUGACCACAGGAGCAACACGGACCAAAUAGACAAGACCAACCUGCCUUCACCUGGUCCAUAAGAGGAGGAGGAGCUUGAUUACUGGGGCAGCCAGUCAGCUCAAAGCUUUGAAGACCAAAUACCUCUAGGCAAGUACUAUUUGCCAUCGUGUCCUCUUUAGUACAGCCGUCUUGUGCCUACACUGACAAGUGCCGGUGCCAAACGAGAACUCCUCUGGACCAAAAAAUCCUUUUACCAUUCCGCAAACAUCCUUCCUCUUGUACAUCAUUUGUCAUGUAGCUAUUAUUAUUAUUAUUUGUAUUAUUAUUUAUGAAUUUAAUGAGCAGAAGAAGACUUAUUGAGGAUAUGAGG